GCCGCUGCCUGCGCCUCCCCCGCUUCGGACCGUACCAAGUGCUCGUCCUCCUCCCCCUCCCCCUCCGGCUUGCAGCCCCAGCUCGUCCCCGAGCUCCUGCAGGAUUAGAACCCAGGACCGGACCCAGGACCCUUUCUCCCUCCCGCAGGGAGCGCAGCAGCUGCAGCCGGAGCUCACCAGCGGGGGCCCAUGGCGUACAGUCAGGGAGGCGGCAAGAAGAAAGUCUGCUACUACUACGACGGUGAUAUUGGAAAUUAUUAUUAUGGCCAGGGUCAUCCCAUGAAACCCCACCGGAUCCGCAUGACCCACAACUUGCUGCUCAACUAUGGCUUGUACAGAAAAAUGGAAAUUUAUAGGCCUCAUAAGGCCACAGCUGAAGAAAUGACCAAAUACCACAGUGAUGAAUACAUCAAAUUUCUGCGCUCGAUAAGACCAGACAACAUGUCCGAGUAUAGCAAACAGAUGCAGAGAUUCAAUGUUGGAGAAGAUUGUCCUGUGUUUGAUGGGCUGUUCGAAUUCUGCCAGUUGUCAACCGGAGGGUCUGUAGCUGGGGCGGUGAAAUUAAACCGUCAGCAGACUGACAUGGCUGUUAACUGGGCUGGAGGUCUCCAUCAUGCUAAGAAGUCAGAGGCAUCAGGUUUCUGUUACGUGAAUGAUAUUGUGCUUGCCAUCCUGGAAUUACUGAAAUACCAUCAAAGAGUGUUAUACAUUGAUAUCGACAUCCAUCAUGGGGAUGGUGUUGAAGAAGCUUUUUAUACAACAGACCGGGUUAUGACAGUAUCAUUCCAUAAGUAUGGUGAAUACUUCCCUGGUACCGGAGACUUAAGGGAUAUUGGUGCAGGAAAAGGAAAGUACUAUGCCGUCAACUUUCCGAUGAGAGAUGGUAUAGAUGAUGAGUCAUACGGACAGAUAUUCAAACCAAUAAUAUCAAAAGUGAUGGAAAUGUAUCAGCCUAGUGCUGUAGUAUUGCAGUGUGGAGCAGAUUCACUGUCGGGAGACAGGCUUGGAUGUUUCAAUCUAACUGUCAAAGGCCAUGCAAAAUGUGUGGAAGUUGUGAAGACCUUCAACUUACCUCUGCUGAUGCUUGGAGGAGGCGGCUAUACAAUCCGCAAUGUUGCUAGAUGCUGGACCUAUGAGACUGCUGUUGCCUUAGAUUGUGAAAUUCCUAAUGAGUUGCCAUAUAACGAUUACUUUGAGUAUUUUGGACCCGACUUCAAGCUGCACAUUAGUCCCUCAAAUAUGACAAACCAGAACACCCCAGAAUAUAUGGAGAAGAUCAAACAGCGUCUGUUUGAGAACCUGCGUAUGUUGCCUCAUGCCCCCGGGGUACAGAUGCAAGCUAUUCCUGAGGAUGCAGUCCAUGAAGACAGUGGAGAUGAAGAUGGAGAAGAUCCAGACAAGAGAAUUUCCAUUAGAGCAUCUGACAAACGGAUAGCUUGUGAUGAAGAGUUCUCCGACUCUGAGGAUGAAGGGGAAGGAGGGCGUCGGAAUGUGGCUGAUCACAAGAAAGGAGCAAAGAAAGCCAGAAUAGAAGAAGACAAGAAAGAAACAGAGGACAAGAAAGCAGAUGUUAAGGAGGAAGACAAAUCCAAGGAUAGCAGUGGUGAAAAGACAGACACCAAAGGAGCCAAAUCGGAACAGCUCAGCAAUCCUUAAAUUAAUGAGAACCUCACACCAAUUACAGGACACAGUACUCAAGUGGGAAAAUACUAGGGGAAGAUGACAGUUUUCUUUCUGAGAGACUGCUGACUUUUCAUUUUUAACUACUUGGCAUGGACCGUAUUUAUUUUUAAAACGGCUUUUUUUUGUUUCUUGGCAAGUUGUAUCAUGAGUUUCUAAUUAUGAAGUCGAAAGGCCUUUCUCCACCAUGCUCUACGUGAUAGUAUUUAAAAUGGAUGAGUUACGUUAUGUCUAAAAAAUGGAUCUAAUAAGUAAUUUGCCUUUCUGAGCUGAUUUUACCUCUUUUGUAAUUAUCUUUAUUAAAAAAAAAAACUGCAC